AUGAGCGAUCCUCAACUGGACAUCGCCACCUCCUCCUCAGGAGACCUGUCCUGCAUCAAAGAAGAGAAGCUAGAAGUGCAUUUGCAGAAUCCCCCAUGCAUGGUGCCCGGUGAGAGUUUGCUGAUGAGAGAGGCAGAGCUGGAUGCAGGUGAACUGCUUCUGCUUUCGGGCGUGAUUGUUCUGCUCCGGCUGGCGGGUGGCUGCCCAGAGAUGUGCCGCUGUCACUCGUCUUCACAUUCUGUAGACUGCGGCCGGCAGGGGCUGGCUGAAGUCCCUCCAGAUUUGCCUCCGCAGACUCUAACACUGCACUUGCAAGAUAACCAGAUACGCCAGCUUCCUGCGUUCGCAUUUAGGGCUGUGCCACAUCUCAGGACCCUGAACUUGUGGAACAAUUCCCUCUCGCAUCUGGCCCCUGGGGUUUUCCAUGGACUCCAGCACUUGCAGGUCUUGAACCUAACCCAGAACUCCCUGAAUUCUCUGGAAAGCAGGCUUUUCCACUCCCUCCCACAGCUGAGGGAGCUUGAUUUGUCAUCAAACAACAUAAGCCACCUUCCCACAUUCCUGGGGAGGCCUUGGGAGAACCUGACCGUAUUUGCAGUUCAACAAAACCAGCUUCAGCAGCUUGAUCGAGCGCUCCUGGAAUCCAUGCCCAGUGUGAGGCUUUUGUUUCUCAAGGACAACCUCUGGAAAUGCAAUUGCCACUUGCUCAGUCUUAAACUCUGGCUGGAGACAUUUAUCUAUAAAGGGGGAGUAACAGACGGUGUCAUCUGUGCGUCACCAGACACCUGGAAAGGAGAGGACCUCCUGAAGAUCCCUCACGAGCUCUACCAGCCCUGCACUUUCCCUUCUCUGGAUGUGGGGUCCUCCAGGGGGCAGCAGCUGGGUUCUGCCCACCGGCCUGUCCCUGGGCCUCCUGAGAGCCACAGCGCCAGGGAGCGAGACCCCUUGGAGUGUGAGCUCAAACCCAAGCUGAGGCCGGCCAACCUGCGUCACGCGGUGGCCACCAUCAUCAUCACCGGGGUUGUGUGCGGGAUCGUGUGUCUCAUGAUGUUGGUGGCUGCCAUCUAUGGCUGCACCUAUGCAGCUGUCACAGCCCAGCACCAUGGGGGACGCUCGGCUCGGACCAAUGAGCCUGCGAAGAUGGAAGGAAAAGAGCUGUGUGACAGCUCACCAGCCUGA